AUGGCCCCACUGCCCAGCUGGGUCAUCACCAUACUUUUGCUGUUCUGCUUGCACAAUAAAAUAGGAACACUGAACUGCCAAAAGUGUGCAGAUAAUCACCAGUGCAAAAACGCCUGUUACCUUUUGGAUGAUAAUAAACAGUUAUGCUUGUGUAAUGCUAAUGAGAAGGGGGUGCAUUGCACAGAGAAAUGGAACAUGUGCGAGAAGGACUGUAACAUUAGCGGGAUGGACGAAUCAUGCUCUAUUGCCUUAUGCAGACGGGGAAAGUGCAUACCUAUUGACAAGGCGCCCUAUUACUCAUGCGACUGCGGAGACUUAUACACGGGGAAGAACUGCGAAAUUGAAAACAAUCCUUGCUCAUCGGAAGAAACGAAUCCUUGCCUGAACGGUACAUGUCUUUUUAUUGCUAAACUGAACAGAGUUAUUUGCAAGUGCCACAAUGGAUGGACUCAAAAGGAUAAACAAAGUUCGUCUAUGCUUAACUGGGGGAAGGAAAAGAUCGAGGUGCCUCCCCCAUGCGAUGCACAAAUCACGAGGGGUCUCUCUAAGUACGUGGUUUACCACACGCCGGUGGCGUACGCCAUGUGGUGGCUAAUCUACGUGAUCAGCGUCCUGGUGUUAUUCCUCUGCUGCUGCAACGUGUGCUUCGACUUCGUGUCCAACUCUCUACUGAGUUAUUUUACCGUAUUCGGCGGGAAGAAAAAGGACUGA